CUCCCUCCCGGAGUCCCCGUGUCGUGCCUCUCCCGGUAGCACGUUACUGCUGGGUAUGAAGAGGUUGUCUGUGCUGCUGGUGGACUACAGGAAAACAACGGGGCUGAGUGGAACUGUGAGAGGAGGAGAAGAGAAGAAAGGAUCAGAUUUGACACACCAAAGAGAAAGGCCAGACUCGGAGGAACCAGAGCCAGGGACGUCCAAACUAGCAAGACGACACCACUGCUCCCACUGUGGAAAGUGUUUCAACAAGUCGGAGAAGCUGAAACGGCAUGAGAGAAUACACACAGGAGAGAAGCCUUACCACUGCUCCCAGUGUGGAAAGUGUUUCAACCAGAGAGUAAACCUGAAACAACACGAGAGAAUACACACAGGAGAGAAGCCUUACCACUGCUCCCAGUGUGGAAAGAGUUUCAACCGGAAAGAAAACCUGAAAGCUCAUGCGAGAAUACACACAGGAGAGAAGCCUUACCGCUGCUCCCAAUGUGGAAAGUGUUUCAACCAGUCGGGGGAGCUGAAACUACAUGAGAGAAUACACACAGGAGAGAAGCCUUUCCACUGCUCCCAGUGUGGAAAGAGUUUCUACCGGAAAGAAAACCUGAAAGUUCAUGAGAGAAUACACACAGGAGAGAAGCCUUACCACUGCUUCCAAUGUGGAAAGUGUUUUGUCCGUUCGUGGGAGCUGAAACUGCAUGAGAGAAUACACACUGGAGAGAAGCCUUACCACUGCUCCCAAUGUGCAAAGUGUUUCAUCCAGUCAGGGGAGCUGAAACGACAUGAGAGAAUACACACAGGACAGAAGCCUUACCACUCCUCCCAGGUUGCAAACCAUUUCCAGCAGAUGGCGAUGAGCGUCUUUCAGCUAACAUCCCUGACCAUGAGUUCAUUAAACUACUCCCCUGCUAUAGAAGAGGAGGACUGCUGUUUGGAGAAAGAAGUUCUGGCGCUGAACAUUGAAGAAGAGGAUGAGGUUACAGUGAAAGAAGAGAAAGAACAUUUCAGAAUGAAAAAGGAGGAAGAGGAGACUGUUAUAAUGAAGGAAGAAGAUGCUGUUAUAGUGAAAGAACAUUUCAGAAUGAAAAAGGAGGAAGAGGAGGCUGUUAUAGUGAUAGAAGAGAAAGAACCGUUUAGAGAGGAAGAGGAUGCUAUCUCAAUAAAGGUGAAGGGGGAAGACGUUUUGGGAGUGAAAGAAGAGACAGAAUAUCAGAUUAACACCAGAGAGAGACAUGACUAUUGUGGAUCCUCUGGGGAGCUUCAACAACAUCCUGAUGCUGACGAGACAGAGAAGAGUCUCUCCAGAUCAGAACACAAGAUGGACAACGCUAGCCCUUCCUCCCUCCCGGAGUCCCUGUAUCGUGCCUCUCCUGGUAGCACCUUACUGCUGGGUAUGAAGAGGUUGUCUGUGCUGCUGGUGGACUGCAGGAAAACAAUGGGGCUGAGUGGAACUGUGGGAGGAGGAGAAGAGAGGAACGGAUCAGAUUUGACACAUCAAAGAGAAAGGCCAGACUCGGAGGAACCAGAGCCAGGGACGUCCAAACUAGCAAGACGACACCACUGCUCCCACUGUGGAAAGUGUUUCAACAAGUCGGAGAAGCUGAAACGGCAUGAGAGAAUACACACAGGAGAGAAGCCUUACCACUGCUCCCAGUGUGGAAAGUGUUUCAACCAGAGAGUAAACCUGAAACAACACGAGAGAAUACACACAGGAGAGAAGCCUUACCACUGCUCCCAGUGUGGAAAGAGUUUCAACCGGAAAGAAAACCUGAAAGCUCAUGCGAGAAUACACACAGGAGAGAAGCCUUACCGCUGCUCCCAAUGUGGAAAGUGUUUCAACCAGUCGGGGGAGCUGAAACUACAUGAGAGAAUACACACAGGAGAGAAGCCUUUCCACUGCUCCCAGUGUGGAAAGAGUUUCUACCGGAAAGAAAACCUGAAAGUUCAUGAGAGAAUACACACAGGAGAGAAGCCUUACCACUGCUUCCAAUGUGGAAAGUGUUUUGUCCGUUCGUGGGAGCUGAAACUGCACGAGAGAAUACACACUGGAGAGAAGCCUUACCACUGCUCCCAAUGUGCAAAGUGUUUCAUCCAGUCAGGGGAGCUGAAACGACAUGAGAGAAUACACACAGGACAGAAGCCUUACCACUCCUCCCAGGUUGCAAACCAUUUGCCCAUUUAGGAAGCCUGAAAGAACACAUUAGACUGCACACAAAGGAGAAGGCUUAGAAAAGCUCAGACUGGGAAAACAUAUUACUCAUAAGUCACUUAAACGUCAUUAGAGAAUCCACACAGGAGAGAGAAAUUACUUCUCUUAGCGUGUAUGUUGAUAUUUCACAUCACAUUGACUUAAAAUUCAUCAGAGAACAUACACAGUGCUCCCGUUGUCUUAUAUUGUUGACUGACAAUGUGUUUACCUGUCUUUACCAGAUGAAAUUAAAUGGUACAGGGUAUACUCAAACAUAUAUUUGUUUGUUUUUAUUAGAAAACAUUAAUUGAAUAUGGAGUAUGUCAGUUUGAAUAUAAAGAAGAUCAGGUUCCUUCUUUUAAAUUGUCCUUUUUUAAAACUCUGUGUGUUUAUCUGGGUGUGUCAUUCCUCCAGCACUACAGAUAAUCAAGUGAUAUUUGGAUGUGAUGCAUUUGUUGCAUUGUUGUCCACUGAUGAUUUAAUGAAAUGAAAAUGUUCAGACUCUGUAAUGGAAAAUGUUAAUUGUUUGUGUGUCCACAUAACUGUGCGCUGUGUAACUCUGUUAUUCUCUAUGAGCUCAGAAAUAAAGAAUCUUGGUUUGA